GUCACCUCGGGGAUGGAAGAGGAUGGAGGGUCACCUCGGGGAUGGAAGAGGAUGGAGGGUUGCCUUGGGAACGAAGGAGGACGGAGGGUCACCUCAAGGAUGGAGCGUUGCUUCGGGGAUGACCCCGACACCAUUCAGGUCUCCAGAGAUCCAGACGUCCUCCAGUGCGCCGGGAAGAAAUGUUCUCCUGGAAGGGUGGGGAGCCCCUGGAACAGUGGUGGCUGCUCCAUCCCUGGAGGGGUUCCAGGCCACGUUGGAUGGUUCUCGGAGCCCCUGAUCCCAUGGGAGGUGUCCCUGCCCAUGGAUUGCAACUGGAUGGCCUUUGAGAUCCCAUUCCAUCAUCCGAUGGUCGGGCAGCUGCUGGGCAGGGCUUGUGCCGGAGCCGCUCCGAGCUGCGUGACAUCACUCUUGGCAGCAAAAACAGGGAUAAAGGGGGUUGGAAAGGGUGGCUUUGACUCCCGGGAUCGCUGUGUCGGAGCCUCGGAGGAGUUUCUAACCCUCAACAUUCCUUCCCCGCUCGCCGUCGCUCCCGGUGCCGCCAAGUUUGGGUCGCGCGUCCUCCGUGUGGGACUGAUCCCGAUGGAAAGCUUGGGAAUGAGGCACUUGUUCUCCAGCGCUGACUUCACCGCGAGCGCUGCGGCCAAGCAGGAGCGCUCAAGAGCUGCUUUUGGGGCAUUGAACAUCUCCGUUCAAUGGCUUUAACGAGCGCCGGGAGAGCUUUUCCUUGGAAGAGAGCGACAUUUCUGCCUUCCCGCUCCGGGAUUCCUCCUCUUGGUUGGUUUUGCUUUUCCAGAGGUGCUUUUUUGGGUCUUGAGAAUCACACAGAAUCACCAGGUUGGAAAGGACCCAUUGGAUCAUGGAGUCCAACCAUUCCCAACACUCCCUAAACCAUGUCCCUCAGCACUUCAUCCACCCGUUCCUUGAACACCUCCAGGGAAGGCGACUCCCCCCUCCCUGGGCAGCCUGAGCUCCAAGCCCCAUCCAACCUGGCCUGGAACCCCUCCAGGGAUGGAGCAGCCACCGCUGCUCUGGGGAACCUCUUCCAGGACCUCCCACCAUUUCUUCCUAAAGUCUCAUCUCAAUCUUCCCUUUCCAAUUUAAAACCGUUUCCCCUCCUCCUCUCACUCCGGGCCCUUGGAAAAAGUCCCUUCCCUACUGGUAGAGGGAGUCCCUUUCCC